AUGGAACAACACAGGGAAUUCACUCUCAUGCCUUACGUCACACAAUCACAUGAAGAGAUAGCUCCCACACUACAAAACGCCCAAUCUUGUCAUUGUCCACAACAAGCAAUAAGGGACAUUCGAGCAGAGGUAGAAAAUCGGCUGCUAAUAUACACUCCAUCUGUAGAUCUGAGCUAUGACAAUAUGCAGAUUUACGCUCACUCCACGAAGAGCGAGGUAACACUUGCCAUAAGAUCAAGCCUAAUGAUCAAUAGUGCGGAAUUCGUCAUAGAACAAAAUGUUCCGUCGAGCUCACCAUCCUGUCAAGAAGGAGCUGAACUCACAGCAUACUGCACUACAGCAGUUGAAUCCACCGUCACAAUCCAGUGCGAAAACAUAGCAUUUACGGUGGAGUGCGAUCCCUCCAAUAGAACAUCAAAAAUCGCACUACAAUUCGAUAAAUCUCUCAUCGCGCAAAAAUGCUUUGUGAUAUGCGAUAAGGAGGAACUAUCCUUGGAACUGAGAGGACAGUUACACUACCAUGUGAGAUAUUUUCCCGAGAAUAUGUUCGGGGAAGGGAACACUGCAUCCGCAGCAUGGCCGUCAUUGAAAGGUUUCUAUGUUCCAGACCUGUAA